CGUGCUUAUCGUGCUUAGCGGCACGCAAUAACACCUUCGCGAAGGAAAAAAAAUAAGAGAUUAUUUCGUAUAUGUAGGCUCGCGUACCUAUAAAAUCACGUCGCGACGCUCGCCUAUACAUACAUUAUAUUUUUUAUAACACAAGCUCAAUGGCGGGGGCUGCAGAAGAUCAUCCACGUUGACUAUUUUUCGCCGUCUCUCUCUUUCUCGAGCGCGUGCGUUACCUGAUGUACAAGCUGUACAAGGUGGAUUGGACACGCCGCGAUAUCUUGCUGCAUGGCAUAUUGACAUUGCGGUUAUAAUAGUGGCAGACUAGAGCCGGGCCGCGCGUACGAUCACCUGUGCAGUGUCAAGGCGAUUCGACGACGGUGAAUCUCGUCUCUCGAUGAAACGAUGAUCUGCUAGCGGGAACACUUUUAGCAGAAGGGAAGAUCAUUUGUAUCUGCAUGUUAGAGCUCUAGCAUUUCGGAUCAAGAUGAGGAUUGUUCAGCUCAGAAGGAACCGUAUGGUUCAACUGCUGAUGGGCUUGGCAGCUUUGUCUUUAAUUAUUUACUUUUUGUAUACCAUACCCAAAGGUAAAGUCAACAUGAAGCACCUGAAUAAGUACUUCGCAGAUAGUUUCAAAAUGCAAAAGGUUGAACCUCCAGAAUUUGUUAGUGGUAUGGGAAAUUUUGAACCUAAAGUUGAAGAAAAAACUGGACCAGGUGAAGGAGGCAAACCUCAUGUACUUAGAGACGAUCAACAAAAUGAUGUCCAAGAGUCUGAGCAAGCUUACGGUAUGAACAUGGUCUGUUCUGAUGAAAUAUCACUGGACCGUACAAUACCUGAUACGCGCCCUGAUGAAUGCAAACAUUGGAAGUACACUGAAAACUUACCCAAGACAAGUGUCAUUAUAGUGUUUCAUAAUGAGGGUUGGUCAGUUCUUAUGAGAACAGUUCAUAGUGUUAUAAACAGAACACCCCCACAAUACCUCGAAGAAGUUCUGCUUGUAGAUGAUUUCUCUGAUAAAGAAAAUUUAAAAGGAGAACUAGAAAAUUACAUAGAAAGAUGGGACGGUAAAGUUAGACUAAUAAGAAAUACUGAAAGAGAAGGUUUAAUUAGAACCAGAUCUCGUGGUGCUAGAGAGGCUACAGGUGAAGUAAUUGUAUUUUUAGAUGCACAUUGCGAAGUGAAUGUAAACUGGCUUCCUCCAUUACUUUCUCCAAUAGCUGAAAAUAGUAAUGUUAUGACAGUUCCUGUAAUUGAUGGUAUAGACCAUAAAACUUUUGAAUAUAGACAAGUCUACCAGGAGGGUAGAUUGCAUCGAGGUAUUUUUGAAUGGGGUAUGUUAUACAAAGAAAAUGAAUUGCCUGCCCGAGAAUUGAAGUACAGAAAACACAAGAGCAUGCCAUACAGAUCUCCUACUCAUGCUGGUGGUCUGUUCGCAAUCAAUCGUGAAUACUUUUUGUCACUUGGAGGAUAUGAUGAGGGUCUCUUAGUUUGGGGAGGUGAAAAUUUUGAACUCUCGUUUAAAAUCUGGCAAUGUGGAGGACAGAUAUUGUGGGUACCUUGUUCUCAUGUUGGACAUGUGUACAGAGGCUUCAUGCCUUACAACUUUGGAAAACUUUCUCAAAAAAAAAAAGGACCUCUCAUUACUAUUAAUUAUAAACGCGUCAUUGAAACUUGGUUUGAUGAUAAGUACAAAGAAUUUUUCUAUACACGAGAACCACUUGCAAGACUAUUGGAUCAUGGGGACAUUAGUGAACAACUUGACUUCAAAAGGAGGAAACGUUGCAAGAGUUUUGCAUGGUUUAUGGAAAAUGUAGCUUAUGAUGUUUUAGAUAAAUUCCCAGAGUUACCUCCAAAUAUUCAUUGGGGAGAGUUACGAAAUGUAGCUACAUCCCAAUGUCUUGACACAAUGGGUCACGCACCCCCUAAUCUUAUGGCCACAUCUCAUUGUCAUGGAUAUGGCAACAAUCAGCUAAUUAGGCUCAAUGCUAAAGGACAACUUGGCGUUGGUGAGAGAUGUAUAGAAGUUGAUAGACAAGGCAUUAAACUGACAUUCUGCAGAGUAGGAACAGUAGACGGACCAUGGCAAUAUGAUGAAAAAUCAAAGACUUUACUUCAUAGAGUACUAAAGAAGUGUAUGGCCCUGCAUCCACAAACGCAUAUAUUAUCGCUAAUGCCAUGCGAUUUCAUAAAUGCUUAUCAACAGUGGCAGUUUGUUCAAAUUAGCCCACGCUGGUAAUCUAUCAGAUUCCAUUGACUUGAAGGAUAUACUAAUGAAAAAUGACGUUAAAUGUUUAUAAUGUAACUAAAGAUACUUAAUAACAUCCACACACGACCACUUAAGACAAUUUCGUGUGAAUAAUUUGAUUUGCAAAAAGCUAAUGCUUACAUGAAGUACUCCGGACUAAGUAUAUUAAAAUUAUAUUGUUAAUUUUUA